GAUAUAUCUAACUAGUUACAACAGGUUUAUUUUAUCUCUUGUUGUCUGGCCUUAACAGUCCCAUUUAUACGCAUGUGUGCAUACAUUAUAAGUAUCACACAGGUAGGUUUCUACUGAUCCUAUAUCAGGACACACCAGCUGCUACACCAAGAGGUCAGCCGCUCACCAUCUCAAAGUCAACAUGCCGUUCAUUACGUGUUCCACCAACCUCUCCAAGGAAAGCCUGCCAAAGGACUUCGUGGAAUGGAUAUCAGAAUUGGUCAGCCAAGUGCUGGGCAAGCCAAUGGAGAGGAUCAACACCAUGUUGGUGCCGGAUUUGUCGAUGAUGAGAUUGGGUAAUUCAGAUCCUACAAUGAUCAUUCAAAUCCACUCCAUAGGGGUGUUUGAUGCCGAGCGAAACCCCUCAUACACCGAGAAGCUCAUCAAAGCCAUCCACGAAAAAGUCAACUUGCCAGAAAACAGGGUCGUCCUACAAUAUUUCCCAGUUGAUCCGACGAUGAUUGGACAUGUACAGUGAAUGUCGGAGAUAGUCAUAUAAAUGGUGGUCUUAAGACAUUUUAUCUCAAUGAACCAUAUUUUCAGGUUGAUAAUUAUAGUCAUAUAAAUGGUGGUCUUAAGACAUUUUAUCUCGAUGAACCAUAUUUUCAGGUUGAUAAUUAUAGUCAUAUAAAUGGUGGUCUUAAGACAUUUUAUCUCGAUGAACCAUAUUUUCAGGUUGAUAAUUAUAUGCAUGUUAUUUAUUCAGAUGCAGGGUUUUAAUUGUAACGUUUUACUGUCAAUGAUGGUGGUCGAUGACGGGAGUCGGUAUAAAGGAGAGUACUCGUAAACAGUAUUAUAGAACACUUUAUUCUUUAUGUAUAUCUGGUAACACAUAAUCAGAUAUUUACUGUUGUAAUGAGGUCAUCUUCAAAGGAUCGGGGAAUUAUGAUACAAAUCAAUCGAUGUCUUCCUUAUCAAGCGUCAUUUUUUUUAUUAUUAUUCGCUGUUAAGAAUAUAUGGCUGUCACGACCUGCUUUCUCUGGUAUAUUACUUCUUCCAGAUGAUAAAAGAAAUUGAAUUAAUUUCAGCUUUGUCUGGAUGUGCAGUACCUUGUUUUUUAUCAUUACCUUUUAAAUAUUUUAUGACGAGUUGGUUGAGAGUUAACUCGUCCCGAAGGUGUUUGCGCAACAGAGCGUAUCCACAGUCAGUGUAGCCUACACUUGGUCAAGCCCAAUAACGGACGCAUUUUAUGUAGUUAUAUACAGGUUAAUUACCAUCACAUCAUAUUAAACUCAUAUAUGUUACUGUAGUAUAGUGUAUUCAGUCAUCUUUCGCGACAAUAUAAUAGUAAGUUUCUCCUUCAUAUCAAAUCCAUGUCCUUAAAUUGAUUAUAUGCAAAUGCUCAGUUAAUAUUAAGUAGUUUCAUAUGUUAAAGAUUUGUUUUUCAUGGAAAUGUUUUGUGUGCUUCUAAGCCGUUUCAUAUGAGAAUUUAUAUAUAAAGACAAGCAUAUAACUUGAAGGUAGAUACGAGCUAUGUAUAUAUUUUUAGAAAUCAACAGACUUGUGUUUGAAUUUGCCUGGUGACAAACAAAGAAGAAAGUAGAAUCAAAUAAAAUCACGGUUAUCCACAAUUGCAAAACGAUAAAGAGAAGAGAAAGUCUGGGGACCGUGUCGCUUUAUAUGUCAAUAAUUUGACAGGUGGACUUACGUUUCUUUAUUUUGAGAAAAGUACUUCAUCCGAUUGAUAUUUGAUAGAUAUCACUUGGUAUAUAGCUACAUUUGUACAAGUAUUACCUAUUACUGACAUAUUCCCGAAGUUGGCAAGAAUACAGGGUAUAGUCAAUACUAAAUAUGGUCACAGAUAAUUGGUUAAAGUAAACAUAAUAUGUUAGGCAUUUAGAAUGUGUGUCAUGGUAUAGCAUUAGCUGCCACAUGUUUAAGUUGUUAUCUUUAAAUAAACUGUUGACAAGAG